CGAUAAUACCGCAGCUUUUAUUAUAAGAUAAGCUGGACAAAUAGGUUUUAAUCAUUAUUCUUCACGAACAAUAAAGUUUAAAUCUUAUUAAUGUGAUUUUUGAUCCAAUCUUCAAGAUAUCUUUUAUUGACUAACGACUUUUUAUACUGAAUAUUCCUGAAUUCUUUGCAGUCGAUACAAACCAAAAGGCAUAGAAAUCGAAUUUCUGUGUUGUUAUGCAAUUUGUUGUGAUAAUGUACUUCUAGACUGCCUAGUCACAACAGUUUGAAAUGACAUGGCUUCCGAAGUUUUCAACGAACCAGCCAACAUCCUGAUGGUAAACGGUGCUGUUGAUCGUUAUGGAUUCUUCGAAGGUGAACAAUUCUGCGAAACAAACACGCGGAAACUUUCUGAAUCCUCUUUGAAUAAAAUACGCCGAAAAGAAUUGAAAUGGCAAAAUAUGCUGACUGAAUGGGAUAAAUGGAUGUAUUAUAAAACAGAUCGGGUGAGAAAUCAAUGUCGAAAAGGUAUUGCACCGGCUAUACGUUCAAGAGUGUGGCAGUAUCUCUGUGGAAGCCAUAGAAUAAUGCAGAUGGAACGUGGGAAAUAUCAGGUACUUUUGAGAAUGUCGGGUGAUCCAAAGACAAUUUCACAAAUCAAAUUAGAUGUCGACAGACAGUUGCCUAAUCACGUACUUUUUGCUACAAGCCAUGGUAAUGGAAAAGCAUCUCUGUUCAACGUACUCAAAGCAUAUUCACUGCUACAUCCUGCUACUGGCUAUUGCCAAGCUCAAGCACCGAUUGCUGCAGCGUUACUUAUACAUAUGCCAGAAGAGGAUGCAUUUUGGACCUUUGUCUGUUUAUGCAACCGAUAUAUGACCGAUUAUUUUAAAUCAGAUCUUGUACGUGUCAAAAUUGAAUUGAACAUGUUAUUUGAAUUGGUGAAGAAAUAUCAACCAGAUAUAUACCAUCACAUGGUGAAAUGUAAUACAGAGCCGAUAUAUUUUGCUAUUGACUGGUUCAUGUGUUUGUAUACACGCAAUUUGCCAUGGUCUACAGUCCUCCGUAUAUGGGAUAUGUUCUUCUUCGAAGGUGUGAAGGUUUUAUUUCGUAUUGCACUUUCUAUAUUUCAACUUUUACUGGGAGAUUCGAAUUCAAGAAGAAGAUUGAAUUCAAUGGAUAAAUUAAUGGAAUCUUUACGUAAUCUACCUAAAAAUAUAGUCGGUGAACAUGUGCUUAUUAAUCAUUUGGUAAUAAUUGGCAUAUAUUUACUGAUGGUUAUGUAAUCGUUACAACAAGAUGGAGUAAAUUAUUUUUUAUUAUAAUUCAUUGGAUAUGUGUAUUACUUGUAUUAAAUGUUGUAUUAGCUUUUAUUAUUGAAGCAUUUCUAAUUGAAUAUGAUUCACAACAAAGUAAAUUUGAAUUAUAUAUCAAUGAACGAUUAAAUGAUUUAGAAAUGAAUGCUGAAAAUGAAUUAAAAAAAUGUGGAUUAGAAAAUUUUCGUAAACCUGGAUUUAUUAUGUCUAAAAAAUUAUUAGAUGAAGCUGGUAUAACUGAACAUAGUACAAAAAAAGUAUUCUAUUUAAAAACAGAUAAUACAUCUAUUGAAAUAUUAAUGUUUAGAAUGUUUGAAAAAGAAAUUGAAGAAUUAGUUGAAGAUUUAACAAAUAAAUUAACAGUACCUAAACUUAAAUCACAUGAUCCAUUUUCACAUAUAUAGUUUAUUAACUUUAAUGAUUGAAAAAAAAAGCAGUGAAAUCAUACAAUAAUCAGAAAUUAAUAUGAUAAGAAACGAUGGAGACAAGUUAUAUCUUCAUAUCAAUUAAAAAUAAUAAUAAUAAUAAAUUUGAGAAUUUUAUUACACUAUCAUAGUUUGGUAUUUCAGUUGAAUUGAAGACAAUUGUACACUUCAUUCCUUCAGAGUUGAUAAUUCACUUUAAAAUGUUUAAGUGAUUGUAAUGUUUACAGAUAUUCGAAGAAAAAAAGAAAGAUUUAAACUCGAGAUGUAUGUUGUGAUUGUUAGAAUUUAUAUAUUAUAAAAUUCAAAACAAUCCCUUCAGGACGUUGAUGUUAAUACUGAUUAUUCAAAAAAAAAUAUUCAAUUAACAUUUUCCAGUUUCUACACAAGAUUCUAUGUUUAUUCAUUUACAUUUAAAUAGUUCAGUGUAUUAAUGAAAUAUUUGGUUAGUAAUAUUCA